CCAUAGUGGUUGAAUUAUGGUACGAGAGGGGUGAGAUGAUAUUAGAUUUUUUUAUAUUAAAAAACGCUAAAGAGAUACAAGAAAUCCUUUACGAAAAAACAAGAGAGAGUGACAAAAAUGAAUUAUUAAUUAAGGGCGUAUAACAUGGUCACAAAAGAAUUUAUCCAACAAUGGAUUUGGAAGUCCAAGCUAAUUUUUUUUUAUCUAUUUAUAGAAGUUAAUUCAUGAAUAUCCUUUUCACUUUAGUCUAUAUAAAAUUGUUUAUUUUUCUUUUUAGCUUCAUCUAUUAAGUAAUAUAUCAUAUUAUUUUUAUAUUCGAAGCCCCGCUUAGUUUCAUACACGAUCCUAUAAUUUUAAGAUGGAAAAUAAUUUUUUAUCUUCAAAUGUUAAUUUCAUAGUUUGUUUUGUCUCUAGAUAUUUUCGCUGUUUUAUCCAAUUGUAACAAUUUUAAACAUUUUAAUAAAUUAUUCCUAACUAAAAUAAAAAUCUUAACAUUCAUGUGAAAUUGUAAAUGUAUGUUAUUUGAAAAAAUAAAAUAAAAUUUCUCGAAAAAAGAACUACCCGGCCAAUUGGCCGGGCCACAAUCUAGUGUCUUUACUGUUAACUGUUAAGGCUUUUGAAUUGUUUUUUAAUUCUCCUAUAUAUCUAUUAUUCUAUUUAAUAGAAUUGGUAUUUUAGUCUUUAAUUCAUUUUUACCUGAGGUCCAAUUACUGGAGAUGCAACUUCAUCGACCGGUUCAAGCAUGAGCUGAAGCUACAGAGGCUCGAGUCGUUGUUGCGCAGCAGAGAGUUACCCGGCGACUGGCUUUGUUCGGCCGAUCCUGCAUUCAAUGCCCCUCCGUUAAGAAUUAAAACUCCAUUUAUUGGAGGUAUUCGUCCGUUUCGGACGAUUAAAGCUUUAUUAUGAGCUUUUGAAUCAUCAUUCAUUUGAUGUUAUUAGGGGAAUAAUUCCCUAUUCAUGUGGGUCAGCUCAAUUAUUUCCUUUGUUGACCUUUUGAUUGGAAGCUAUCAACAUCUAAUUUAUUUGAUCGUAUUAGGUGCCCUACAACGGCUCUAAUGGGGAUAGAGUUUUACUCGACAAUGACAGGUUUUGUUAAUAGUAAUUAUAGGCCUUCAAUAUGUGAUUUAUUGGCAUUUAAUUUAUUGGCAUUUAAUGGGUUUGACUAACCAAUGGGACACACUCAAGUUUGAUCUUUUACAUAUAAAUAAAUGAGCUUUUGAAGUGGGGUGGAUAUUUGGUCUUCCAAAUUGGUUUAAUUGAGAUUAUCUUAAUUAUUUGGAAAAGGACUUGGAAUAUCCAAGUCCUGCCUAAGUUCAAAAUUUUCAUAUGGCAAUGCCUCAAAGUCAUACUUCCCACAGUAGUGGCCCUUCAAUCUCGUGGAGUCAACUAUCUCAACCGAUGCUCUAUCUGCUGGAGACGUCGAGAAAGCAUUGAACAUUUAUUAUUUAGAUGCCCCCUAGCCACCAGAUUGUGGACUUUAGUGGGAUUGAUCAACUUUAUUGAGACCGCCCAAACUCUUAACUUUGGUCUACGGUGGCGACAUGUCAUGGUCUCCGAGACCUCCCAAUUCCACAUUCUCCAAUGCGUCUGUUUACUUUGGAGAAUCUGGAAGUCUAGAAAUAAAGUGACCUUUGAAUUUAUCCAACCCCAUGUCCGUUCCCUAGCCAGACAGUUCUACAACCAGGUCCUCGAAUUCUCCUUUCUUCUUCCUCCUCCUCCGCCCCGCAGCUCUCUAGUCCCAGUUCAUCCUGCCACCACUUGGGUCCCUCCACCAGAAGACUUUUUGAAGAUCAACGUAGACGCACCUGUUUGUACCACCGGUUGUUCGUCUGGGCUUGUUUUCCAUGGGUCAGACGGGCAUGUGGUGUUGGCGCUCGGGCUGCAACAUCAAGGAAUAGUCUAUCCUUAUCUGGCAGAGCUUCUAGCUUUUAGAGACGCCAUCUCCAUCGUAGCCUCAAGAUCCUUGACCCACGUGAUAGUCGAAGGUGAUUCCGAAGUGGUGGUCUACCAAGUCCGACAACGCGUCUUUGAAGUCUCAAUUGGUGGUCUGGUGUUUCGAGAGUGUCUUCAGAUCCUUAGCUCUUUGUCUGUUUGUAUAGAGUUUAGGGCGGUACAUAGAUCCGCCAUCAGUGCUUCCCAUAGAGUGGUGCGUAAAGCACUGCUUUUGUCUCGUGUAGAGAUAGAAUCUUUUGAUUUUUUGGGGUGGCUUCUUUAGAAUCUUUUAGGGGGUCCUGGGUAGAAUUGUAAGUUUAACUAUUUUCUUCCAUUGAUAUCACUCAGAAAUAAAAAAAAAACAAUGAUGACAAGAUGAAAGUUUUAUAAAGCAAAUUAAUCGGCCAACGGGGCGAGUAAAAGCUAGCAACGAUGAGAUGCUCAUUUCCCGAAAACCGUCGGGAUAGGCAAUUUUUUAUUCAAUUUUCUGGAAUUCGGUUUCUAUAAAACUUACUCCACCUCAUCAUAUUACCAGAAACAAUAUUUUUUCACAAGGUAACAGGUACUUGAUUUUGGUUCAUAAGGCUAAUUUUUGAUUCGUUGCAUCAUUCAUGUCUCUUUCUUACUAAAACUCACUAUUUUUA